GAGGAUGCAAAAUGAGAGAAUUCCCCACUCAAGUCUAACCCAGGAGCAAGACCGUUUACAAAGUAGGCACGUCAGUAAUGAUGAAGAAACCGCAGUCAGGCAGGGAAAUGGUGCUGCGGAGGUGGAGAAAUGCCUCCCCUCUCGCUCCUCCUCUGAUGGGCCGUCCACCUCUGCCGAGGGAGGUGCGUCGGUGGUUUCCAGGAGAGGGCCAGCCCUGCUGCACAUCGACAGACACCAGAUCCAGGCGGUGGAGCCCAGUGCGCAGGCCCUUGAGCUGCAGGGUUUGGGUGUGGAUGUCUACGACCAGGCGGUGCUGGAGCAAGGUGUGCUGUUGCAGGUGGACAGCGCCAUCCAUGAGGCCAACCGUGUGGCCCAGCUCGCUGACGCGGAGAAAGAGUAUCGGUCAAUCCUGGAUGACCUUGCGUCAUGUACGACAUCCUUAAGGCAAAUUAAUAAAAUUAUUGAGCAACUUAGCCCUCAAGCUGCCACCAACAGAGACAUCAACAGGAAACUAGAUUCUGUAAAGCGGCAGAAGUAUAAUAAGGAACAACAGCUGAAGAAGAUCACUGCAAAACAAAAGCGUCUCCAGGCCAUCCUUGGAGGAGCGGAAGUGAAGGUUGAACUAGAUCAUGCCAGUCUGGAGGAGGAGGAGGAUGCAGAACCGGGGCCAUCCUGUCUCGGCAGCAUGCUUAUGCCUGUCCAGGAGACUGCCUGGGAAGAGCUCAUCCGCACUGGCCAGAUGACACCUUUUGGUACCCAGAUCCCUCAGAAACAGGAGAAAAAGCCUAGAAAAAUAAUGCUCAAUGAAGCAUCAGGCUUUGAAAAGUAUUUGGCAGAUCAAGCAAAACUGUCUUUUGAAAGGAAGAAACAAGCUUGUAAUAAAAGAGCAACUAGAAGAGCUCCAGCCUCCAUCAUGUCUAAGUUGAGCCCCUCAACACAAAAUGGAAAUGAAUCAAACAAGAAAAACAAAGUUCUCUUGAAAACAGAUAAGCGCUUGAAGAAGCACAUCAGGAAGCUCCAGAAGAGGGCUCUGCAGUUCCAGGGGAAAGUGGGAUUGCCCAAGGGGAGGAAGCCCCUGGAGUCUGAUGUGAGGACCAAGGCAGAGGCAGACUCUGAGAGUGGAGGGUCUGAGUACCUCCCCCCAGAGGAGGAUGAAGAUGAGGACGAGGCCGAUCAGGUGGGGGCAGGCCUGUCUGCAGAUGGCACUGAUUAUGAACUGAGGCCUGUGCUCAAGGGCCGGAAAUGGCAGAAGAAGAUCCCAGUGCAGGAGAUUGAUGAUGACUUUUUCCCAAGUUCAGGGGAAGAAGCUGAAGCCACAGGAGGAGGAGGUCGGAAAGUAGUGAGGUGCCGAGACGAUGGAGAUGAAGAUUGUUAUAAGCAGCGGUUAAGGAGAUGGAAUAAACUGAGGCUGCAGGACAAAGAGAAACGUCUGAAGCUAGAAGAUGAUUCUGAGGAAAGCGAUGCCGAAUUUGACGAAGGUUUUAAAGUGCCGGGUUUCCUAUUCAAAAAGCUUUUUAAGUACCAGCAGACAGGUGUUAGGUGGCUGUGGGAAUUGCACUGCCAGCAGGCAGGAGGAAUUCUGGGAGAUGAAAUGGGAUUGGGCAAGACCAUCCAGAUAAUUGCCUUCUUGGCAGGUCUGAGCUACAGCAAGAUCAGGACUCGUGGUUCAAAUUACAGGUUUGAGGGAUUGGGUCCAACUAUAAUCGUCUGUCCAACGACAGUGAUGCAUCAGUGGGUGAAAGAGUUUCACACAUGGUGGCCUCUGUUCAGAGUGGCAAUUCUACACGAAACUGGUUCCUACACCCACAAAAAGGAGAAACUAAUUCGAGAUAUUGCGCAUUGUCAUGGAAUUUUGAUCACUUCUUACUCCUACGUUCGAAUAAAGCAAGAUGACAUUAGCAGGCAUGACUGGCACUAUGUAAUCUUGGACGAAGGGCACAAAAUUCGAAAUCCAAAUGCUGCUGUUACCCUUGCUUGCAAACAGUUCCGCACCCCUCAUCGGAUCAUCUUGUCUGGCUCACCAAUGCAGAAUAACCUGCGGGAACUGUGGUCACUGUUUGACUUUGUCUUCCCGGGCAAGUUAGGCACGCUGCCUGUGUUCAUGGAGCAGUUCUCUGUCCCCAUCACCAUGGGAGGGUAUUCGAAUGCAUCCCCAGUACAGGUUAAAACUGCUUAUAAGUGUGCGUGUGUCUUGCGAGAUACCAUAAAUCCAUACCUACUGCGGAGAAUGAAGUCAGAUGUCAAGAUGAGCCUUUCCUUGCCCGAUAAAAAUGAGCAGGUCUUAUUUUGCCGUCUUACAGAUGAGCAGCAUAAAGUCUACCAAAAUUUCAUUGAUUCCAAAGAAGUUUACAAGAUUCUCAAUGGAGAGAUGCAGAUUUUCUCUGGACUUACAGCUCUAAGAAAAAUCUGCAACCACCCUGAUCUCUUUUCUGGAGGUCCCAAGAACCUCAGAGGUCUUCCAGAUGAUGAGCUAGAAGAAGAUCAGUUUGGAUACUGGAAACGUUCUGGGAAAAUGAUUGUUGUUGAGUCUUUGUUGAAAAUAUGGUACAAGCAGGGUCAACGAGUAUUGCUAUUUUCUCAGUCAAGACAGAUGCUGCACAUUCUUGAAGUAUUCCUCAGAGCCCAGAAUUAUUCCUAUCUCAAGAUGGAUGGUACCACUACGAUAGCUUCAAGACAACCACUGAUUUCAAGAUACAAUGAGGACACAUCCAUCUUUGUGUUCCUUCUGACUACUCGGGUGGGCGGCAUAGGAGUCAACUUGACAGGGGCAAACAGAGUCAUCAUCUACGACCCUGACUGGAACCCAAGCACAGACACGCAGGCCCGGGAGCGAGCGUGGAGAAUUGGCCAGAAGAAGCAGGUGACCGUGUACAGGCUUCUGACCGCAGGCACCAUUGAAGAGAAGAUCUACCACCGGCAAAUCUUCAAGCAGUUUUUGACAAACAGAGUUCUGAAAGAUCCCAAACAAAGGCGAUUUUUCAAAUCCAAUGAUCUUUAUGAGCUAUUUACUCUGACUAGUCCUGACACAUCUCAGAGCACUGAAACAAGUGCUAUUUUUGCAGGAACUGAUUCAGAUGUUCAGACACCAAAAUGCCAUUUAAAAAGGAAGACUCAACCAGCCUCUGGAACAGACCAUGACAUUCUAAAAUGCAAAAUGUUCCCUGGUUCUGAUGCAUCUACACAUGAUGCCACGUCAUCUGAGGGGAAAUCUAAGGCCACAGGAACUGAAGUAAAUGCAGUAACUUCUCACCAAAGCGAUCCUUUGAAAGCUGACCCUCACACGAGUAGUAAUGUGCCUGGCAGUUACAGGCUUGGAGAAGAGGCCAGCGCGGUGUCUAGACCAGAGGGGUCAUCGGUGAUGAGUGAAAAGGGGGAAAGUUCAAAUUCUCCAAGAAUCAGCACAGUGUCCAUGCCACCUGUUGAGGGCAGUGUUGAUGAAAGGCACGGUCUUUCUCAUGAAAGAGAAGGCUGCCAGGUUCAGACAGAGCCCUUUUGUGAGAGAGAGCAGAUGGAAAAUAACUUCUGUAAGCACAAGUCAAAAACAAAACAUCAUGGCAUGGCAGCAGCAGAGACCCUGCAGAAACACCUGAGACCAAAGCAAAAGCCUCAGAACGCUAAGCAUCGCAGGGACGCCAAGUUUGAAGGAACCCGGAUUCCAUACCUGGUGAAGAAAAGGCAGUUCCAGAAGCAGGACAGUGCAGAUGAGAGGGAGGCCAGGAAACAGAGCACUGAUGAUUAUGUUCUUGAAAAGCUUUUCAAAAAAUCAGUCGGCGUGCACAGCGUCAUGAAGCAUGAUGCCAUCAUGGAUGGAGCCUGUCCAGAUUACAUGCUGGUGGAGGCAGAAGCCAACCGAGUGGCCCAGGACGCCUUGAAAGCCCUGAGGCUCUCUCGGCAGCGGUGUCUGGGAGCAGCAUCUGGUGUUCCCACCUGGACUGGCCACAGGGGCACUUCUGGUGCACCAGCAGGAAUAAAGAGUAGGUUUGGUCAGAAAAGGAAUUCCAGCUUCUCUGUGCAGCGCCCUUCUUCAACAUCUCCAGCAGAGAAAUGCCAGAACAGUGUCCUGAAAAAAGAGGGGAAAGAUAACAUGCCUCAGCACUUUAGUGGAACAGCAGAAGGUGCAGAGUCUUCUUCUGGGGCCCUCUGUUCAUCCUCACUCCUGGCUAAAAUGAGAGCUAGAAACCACCUGAUUCUGCCGGAGCGGUUGGAGAGUGAAAACGAGCCCUUCCAAGAGGCGAGUGCCCCGCUGCCUGCCACCACGGAACACGACGACCUUCUGGUGGACAUUAGGAACUUCAUCGCUUUUCAGGCCCAUGUGGAUGGCCAGGCCAGCACUCGGGAGAUACUGCAGGAGUUCGAGUCCAAGUUAUCCACGUCGCAGUCUUGUGUCUUCCGAGAACUGUUGAGAAAUCUGUGCACUUUUCAUAGAACUUCUGGUGGUGAAGGAAUUUGGAAACUCAAGGCAGAAUACUGUUGAUCAGCCUUGCUCCCUAAACCUUCACUUCACUGAAUAAUCAGAAUGCAGUGGGAAUUUCUGAUUAUUAAUCCCGUUGUUGAUGGAAGUUGGCAGCACUUGAUGUUUACUUUGAAUGAUGUCUACCUCAUGGUUAACACUUUAAGGAAGAAGAAACUCUUCUCUGAAACGUCAAAGUUGUAAUAAUGCUAACUAAAGGACAAAACACUUGGAUUGAUUUUUUUCUUUUUGGCGAUAUGAAUUGAAUUGUGUUAUAAAAUCAGGGACCGGACAGUUACUCCUUGGAGCACAUUCAUUCCUUUACCCAAAAGAUGCUGUCAGGGAGCACAUCUAGAAGUUUGCAGAACAGAAAUCUCAAGAAUUCUUUUUAUUGGUGCUAAAAGCAGGUCUUUUAUUCAUUCAGAUCUAUUCAAUAAAUUAGUUCAUUAAUAUCUGA